GAGGGAGUGGGGAGAGAAGCGGGGCUAGGAGGCGGCAGAAGCUGCCAGACCGCCAGCGCCAGCAAGACCCCCUUCCGGACUGCGGGGCUCGUGCUCUGGGACGGGCGGGCGGCGCUGCCGCAGCCUGCGUGGGUGGACGGGCGAGCAGGCGACGGGCAGCGGCAGGAUGGACCUAGAAGCCUCGCUGCUGCCCACCGGCCCUAAUGCCAGCAACACCUCCGACGGCCCCGAUAACCUCACCUUGGCCGGGUCACCUCCUCGCAGAGGGAGUGUCUCCUACAUCAACAUCAUCAUGCCUUCAGUGUUUGGCACCAUCUGCCUCCUGGGCAUCAUCGGGAACUCCACAGUCAUCUUCGCGGUGGUGAAGAAGUCCAAACUGCACUGGUGCAGCAACGUGCCCGACAUCUUCAUCAUCAACCUCUCGGUGGUGGACCUCCUCUUUCUCCUGGGCAUGCCCUUCAUGAUCCACCAGCUCAUGGGCAAUGGAGUCUGGCACUUUGGAGAGACCAUGUGCACACUCAUCACAGCCAUGGACGCCAACAGUCAGUUCACCAGCACCUACAUCCUGACCGCCAUGGCCAUUGAUCGCUACCUGGCCACCGUCCACCCUAUCUCCUCCACCAAGUUCCGGAAGCCUUCUGUGGCCACCCUGGUGAUCUGCCUCCUGUGGGCCCUCUCCUUCAUCAGCAUCACCCCCGUGUGGCUCUACGCUAGGCUUAUCCCCUUCCCAGGGGGCACGGUGGGCUGUGGCAUCCGCCUGCCCAACCCAGACACUGACCUGUACUGGUUCACCCUGUACCAGUUCUUCCUGGCCUUCGCCCUGCCCUUUGUGGUCAUCACAGCUGCGUAUGUGAGGAUCCUGCAGCGCAUGAUGUCUUCCGUAGCUCCCGCCUCUCAGCGCAGCAUCCGGCUGCGGACAAAGAGGGUGACUCGUACAGCCAUCGCCAUCUGCCUGGUCUUCUUUGUGUGCUGGGCCCCCUACUAUGUGCUGCAGCUGACCCAGUUGUACAUCAGCCGCCCGACACUCACCUUUGUGUACCUGUACAACGCAGCCAUCAGCUUGGGCUAUGCCAACAGCUGCCUCAAUCCCUUUGUGUACAUAGUGCUCUGUGAGACAUUCCGCAAACGCUUGGUCCUGUCGGUGAAGCCUGCUGCCCAGGGGCGGCUUCGAGCCGUCAGCAAUGUCCACACAGCUGAUGAGGAGAGGACAGAAAGCAAGGGCACCUGA